AUGAAGCGUCGUGUUAAAUCUCCACUAUCCAGUGCGCGAUCGCCUUCACAAGCGUCUGAUCCCCGCUCGGCCGGAAAGAGGGAAGUCGGGACCUCUGGCGGCGACAGCAGUGCAGCGAAUGACAGUUUGUACAACGUCGAAAAGAUAAAAAGUCACAGGAUCGGGAAAAAGAAGAGCUUGGAAUUCCGUGUUAAGUGGCAAGGCUACGAUUCCGAGAAGGAUUUAACUUGGGAACCGGAAGAGAGCCUGCGGGAAGACGUGCCGGAAAUUGUCGAACAGUACUUUCGCUUGGUUGGCGGACGACAGAACAUACUCACGAGCAUGCUCCCACGGGGGAAGAGGGCGCCUAAAAGGAGUAAGAGAUCGUCUGCAGCGACGGCCGCAGCACACACGAUGUCGGGACAGCAACUCGAGAACGGCGCAAAAACCGUUGAGGACGAUUCUUCCACCGCUACAGAAUCAUGGCAGCCACCUGCUGGCUCAUGGGAGGAUGAAGUUGAUACCAUAGACUCUUGCGAGCGUGGGGGCGGCGGUAAGCUUAUUGUCUACCUUAUCUGGAAGAAUGGCAAGAAGACGAAGCACGAGACGCCCGUUGUCUACAAGAAGUGUCCGCAAAAGAUGCUGCAAUUUUACGAGCGACACGUUCGAAUUGUUUAA